ACGGCACCUUAUACUUAAGGUUCUAACGACAUUCGGCGGCCACGAAGCAUCAAUAAAUAAAAAACUGUAACGGCUGGACCAACACAUCUGGACCGGAAAAGUCUGGAUUUCCUCAGAGACCAGAAGAAAAGAGAAGCGGAACAAGCCGGAACACCGAUCAGUGAACUGGCAGGUGAACCCGCAGCAUCCUCUGGCCAGGGCGGUUCGGGCCGUUCCGGGAGCCAUGGGGGACAUCACGGGGGAGGGGACCCGGGUUAUUUACCACCUGGAAGACCAGGAGACCCCCUACCUGAUUCGGAUCAACGUGGCCCCGCAGCACGUGACUCUGGGGGACUUCAAACAGGUCCUGAACAAAUCGAACCUCAAAUUCUACUUCAAGUCUGAGGACGCAGACUUCGGGGUUGUGAAGGAGGAGAUCAGUGAUGACGAUGCGAAAUUGCCCUGUGUGAAUGGACGCGUCGUCUGCUGGGUGGUUUCUUCAGAUGCGUCUCAGACAGAUGUCCAAUCAUUGUCAACGUCCACCAGCCUGGCUCCUCUGCCCACACAGAGGACCGGUGGGAUUGGACACUCCAGACCUCCGUCCUUCCAUGCUGUAACUGUCAGCAGCCAUGAUGAACCUCAGGGGUCUGAGGUCAAACCAACAGAAAAGAUAGAAAGAGAUUGUGGUCAGCAUCUGAAUGGCCACGCCCACCAAGACGCCGAUAGGAAUGGGGCGGGGCCAACAGGUGGAGGUGAGAGCCCAUCAGCACUACAGAGCAGUGAGCUGGAGACAACUAGUUUCUACUCAUCUGAAGACUCUGGUGGAAGGUUCAGCCAAUCAACAGAGCGAAGCAGCUCGUCACCUCGACUCGUGAGGCGUCAGUGUCGUCGUCACCGGAAACCGAAGGCGCUGCAGAUGGAGCGGUCUGCGUCCUUCAGCAGUGUCACUGACUCCACCAUGUCGCUCAACAUCAUCACUGUAACUCUCAACAUGGAGAGAUACAACUUCCUCGGCAUCAGUAUUGUGGGUCAGAGUAACGACAGAGGGGAUGGAGGCAUUUACAUCGGCUCAAUCAUGAAAGGAGGAGCGGUGGCAGCAGACGGACGCAUCGAGCCUGGUGACAUGUUACUACAGGUGAACGACAUCAACUUCGAGAACAUGAGUAACGACGACGCCGUUCGAGUUCUCAGAGAGAUCAUCCACAAACCAGGCCCAGUGACAUUGACAGUGGCAAAGUGUUGGGAUCCAAACCCACGAGGCUGCUUCACUCUGCCGAGGAGUGAGCCGGUCCGACCCAUCGACCCUGCUGCCUGGGUCUCUCACACAGCCGCCAUGACAGGAAGGCUCCUCCCACACUAUGGUGUCCAUGAGGAAAACAACUUGACCACCCACACUGACAUGACGGCAGUGGUCAAGGCAAUGACCAAUCCAGAAUCCGGCCUGGAGGUCCGGGAUCGGAUGUGGCUGAAGAUCACCAUCCCCAACGCCUUCAUUGGUUCAGAUGUGGUGGACUGGCUCCACCAGAACGUGGAAGGUUUCACUGACAGACGUGAAGCUCGGAAAUACGCCGGGAAUCUGCUGAAGGCCGGAUUCAUCCGACACACAGUCAACAAGGUCACGUUCUCUGAGCAGUGCUACUACGUGUUCGGAGACGUGUGUGGAGAUCUGGGUCUGAUGUCUCUGCUGGAUCACGAAGGGGCCUCCAGUCGAACUCCACAGUCAGAGGGUGACCCGUUGGGCCCAGAUUCAGGUUUCCAGUGGACUCCAGCCUUCCCCUACCAGUACCCCAUCCCUCACCCCUACAGCUUGCCUUACCCCCUCCACCAUCUGCAGACCUGGGGGGAGGGAGGAGCAGGAGGAGGUGGAGAGGGAGGAGGAGGAGGGAGUCAACGCAGUGAAGGCAGCUGCAGCAGUGGGUCAGACUGUAGCGACGGACAGAAGGAGAAAGGAGAGGGAGGCUGCAGCGAGUCGGUUCUGAUCACACAGCUGACGGCGGAGCCCCCGGUCUCCUUGUCUGAGCCCCUUGGUGAUGACUCUGUGGACCCCCUCCCAUCGCUGCACGCGGCCUCUCCCUCCAUCCCACCUGAAGACCUCUCCGGCUCCAGACAGUCCUUCCGCCUGGCCAUGGGAAACCCCAGCGACUUCUUUGUGGAUGUCAUGUGACAUGUGAAGCAGCUCCACCCAGACCUGUGUAUCCGUGUUAAUAGUUGGUUGAGGCAGGUUGGUGAGUUAUCACCAAAACUAACCUUUGUCCCCUCAAAGUAAAGACUUUGACUUUAACACCAGGCUCACAACCUUUGCUUCGUUGCUCUUUGAAUCGGACAGACACGUCCUGACAGAUGGACCGGUCCACAGUUUAGCAUGGUCGGGUUCAGGUUUUUGGUCUGGUUUUCAGCUACAGCGCCAUCUAGUGGAAACAGCCAACCACAGGUGAGUCUAGGGUACUGUAGGUGAAACAUCUAUGGAUCCUUGUGACGAACUGAUCCUGUUUGACAGAACCACAUUCAGAAUCUGUUUGAAGUGACAGACAGAAGAUGACAGCACCUUCCUCUGCUCUGGUUGCGUACGGUGCUGAGGUCUGUCAGUAUCAUGUCCCUACUGGACUUCUGGUUCAGCUCAUCAUGGCCAUUGUGACCAGCACCUGACCUGUAGCCACAAAACCAGAUCUGUCCAGCAGUCGGUAGCUCGAUGGGACAUCACAAGUCCUCAGGACAGGGCGUGAGGAGGAGGAGAACUGGGGCGGGUCGCCCCCCUGACUUCAACCCAGAGCAGAAUCAGAAACCCAUUCCUCUGCACUGGUUCUGCUGUUUCCAGUCCGUUUUUCAUGCAAUUAAUUUAAUGUAGCAGCAUUUAUGUGUUUACAUCUGGUGGUUUGGCGAUCUUCAAAUGAUUAAACGAUCAUAUUAAAAAUCCAGCUGUUGGUAUUUGUCAGUUUACUUCAGUCAUAAUCAAAAAAUAAACUGUGAUGUCAACAGGAUGUCAGAUUUAAUUUUAUUUUUUGUUCCAGAAUUUAGGCACAUUAGAACAUUAAACAUGACACAAAACCCCAUUAUGAAUAAAUGCAUGACUUGACAGAAACCAGGAUCUGGAUCAGUUCCAUGCUGUUCAGGAACACAGGAGGUUCGGACUAGGGCCCUGAAUAUCCAGAACUGCCGCCUGGUUCUGGUGUUCCGGAUUUCAGAGCUCGCCUGCGGAGCAUUUGGACUGUGGACCACAUCUGUUUUCAGUGAGACAGCUGAGCACCUCUGUGGGACCUAAACCAGGCCUGCAGAGGAGGGAGGGACGCGUCCUAAUUCAAAAACUCGCCGCCUCGGCCUCCGAUGUGGCGCAGAUCCGGAGACCUCAGUUCGGGGUCCUGUCAGUUUGUGCCUCACACCGACACAUCAGUUUUACAGCAGCUCAAAGCAGCUGUGCAACGUGAUGGUCGCGCUUUACGGUCUCAGAGGAACUGAGGGUGGAGGGGUAUGAGAGGAGGGACUUGGUUCCGAGCGGGACGCGGCCAGACCGGGCUCUGUCAGCUGACGUCUCCUCCAGCCUCCGACAUCUUGCCUCUGACCGGAGGAGACUGGGGAGUCCGGUUUUCGCGGUCCGGUGUUCUAACGGAGCGACGGUCGGAGCCGUGAGGUUCUGUGUGAGGCAGUCCGGAGACACAGCACCUGUCCCUGACGUGCUUCAGCUCUGAAUGGUGCUGCCGAUCUACAGGAGGGGAGGCUCUGAUCCCCUACACUGGGACAGCACUCCAACAAUUGGCUGGCAGCUCCAACCAGACGGAUCAUCAAUGGCGCUGGUUCUAGUUCCUCCACUAGCGGGGGACAUGAUGACUGCGUAUUUUAACAAGAUCAACACAGAGAUCUUCAAAGAGCUGCUGGAUGUUAACUGUCUGACUUCAUUGAAUCGUGUGCAGGUUCAAGAAGUGUCCAACAGGAAGUGAUGUCUUUGCUGAUGUUUUGCUGCUCUGUAGUUUUUUUAGGUUUUGAUUUUUGUAAACAUUGAGUGAGAAAAUCAAAACCUAAAGAAGAUACAGCGCAGCCAGGAGACAGCUGGAGGACGAAGCAAAUGGUUGUGAGCAUGUCGGUGGUGGUUUGACCACGCUUGUAGAUUUUGGACCUUGUCUAACUUCAGAACUCAGACUUGAGCUUUAAAAAGCUUUGUCACUUAUCAAGAGACGCUGAGGUCAGUGACUGACACAAGUGUGUUAAAAUGACAGAGGUGUGUUAACCCUGCUGUGAAAGGCAAGGUAGGAAAAGGUCCUGACAAUCAGUGCUGAUCCAGAAGUUUUAGUUUAUUUACAUUUAUGGUAAAAAUGAUUAGCAGAGACGAACCUUUUAAAAAGGAAAAAGUACUGUGAAACGUGUGAAAAUGGGCCUGUUUGUCCAACACUCACAUAACAGUCAUGUUUGAUUUGUUUAUGUACUAUUAUCUCCAAGACAAGGAGAGCGACAGCCUGACGUCUUCUUUCAGUCAGUGUUGGAACAGCAGCUGCAAAAAGGUUGUUUGAUCACAGCCAGUGAACUGACUCUUCAUCAUUUUGACCCAGUUCAUCUGCUCUCCUUCAUCCUUUCUGUCUGGACUUGAGCAGAGUUUCUCCUCCUCCAAAGUGAGUCCAUUUGAAGCUGUGUGUUUACAGAACUCUGUUACAUGAGUGACCAGCAGAUGGAGGCAGCAUCCGGUUCUGUCACAAACAGAACUUUGACUGAGUCGUCGUGGGAAAACAGUGUUUGCAUUGACUCCACCUAAAAGACAAAGUGAAGAACCCUGUAGACAGAGUUCACAGAACCCGCUGAGGACGGGGUCUCAUAGGUUGGAUGUGUUAUUUCCCAUCAUGCCCCAAACUGACUGAGAUGUGAGCUGCAAUAAAGAAAACAGUUGGUUUAAACGUCA